AUGUCUCAAAUGUUUGAGGCCUGUGGAUCUACGAUGAGAAACGGACAGGGGGGCUUCCAGGAGUUCUACCGGCUCCUGCAGACCAUCCACCACAUCCACGGGCUGGACGUGCUUUUGGGGUACGCCGAUAUCCACGGGGACCUGCUGCCCAUCAACAACGACGACAACUUCCACAAGGCCGUGUCCUCGGCCAACCCACUGCUCCGGAUCAUAAUCAGCAAGAAGGAGGAUGAACCCGUGGUGUUUGCCAAUAAUUCCCUCCAGAGGCGGAAGAAGGCAACGGGGCUCACCGUGCUGCUGCCCACCGCCUCGGGCUCCAUCAAGAACAAGGGAGGCCUCACCAUCAGCGAGCCCCUCAACUUCAGGCAGAUAUCCUCCAUCAUCGACGUGGACAUCCUACCGGAGACCCACCGGCGGGUGCGCCUGCACAAACACGGCACCAGAAAACCGCUGGGCUUCUACAUCCGUGACGGGGUUCCUGGGGUCUUCAUAUCCCGCCUGGUGCGAGGCGGACUCGCAGAAAGCACAGGACUUCUGGGCCUCAACGAUGAAAUCCUGGAGGUCAACGGCAUUGAUGUAGCGGGAAAAUCUUUGGAUCAGGUGACGGACAUGAUGGUGGCCAACAGCCACAACCUCAUCGUCACCGUGAAGCCGUCCAACCAGCGGAACAACGUCAUGCACCGCAGCAGCAAAAGCUCGAUGGGCCACUCGGGCUCCGUGGGCUCGGCCGGAUCCGCCGGCUCCGCCCUGUCCCACGACUCGCCGAGCCCGGCCUCCCAGAGCAACCCGCUCACCGCCAGGCGGAAGAAGGCGACGGGCCUCACCGUGCUGCUGCCCACCGCCUCGGGCUCCAUCAAGAACAAGGGAGGCCUCACCAUCAGCGAGCCCCUCAACUUCAGGCAGAUAUCCUCCAUCAUCGACGUGGACAUCCUACCGGAGACCCACCGGCGGGUGCGCCUGCACAAACACGGCACCAGAAAACCGCUGGGCUUCUACAUCCGCGACGGGGUUCCUGGGGUCUUCAUAUCCCGCCUGGUGCGAGGCGGACUGGCAGAGAGCACAGGACUUCUGGGCCUUAAUGAUGAAAUCCUGGAGGUCAACGGCAUUGAUGUAGCGGGAAAAUCUCUGGAUCAGGUGACGGACAUGAUGGUGGCCAACAGCCACAACCUCAUCGUCACCGUGAAGCCGUCCAACCAGCGGAACAACGUCAUGCACCGCAGCAGUAAAAGCUCGAUGGGCCACUCGGGCUCCGUGGGCUCGGCCGGAUCCGCCGGCUCCGCCCUGUCCCACGACUCGCCGAGCCCGGCCUCCCAGAGCAACCCGCUCACCGCCAGCGACCUCCCGCCGGCCUACAGCUGCCACCCGCCCCCGGGCGCCGACAGAGACUCGCCCACCAGGGGGCGCCACCUCCUCCCGCAGAGCCUGUCCAUGCCCAGCAGCAUGGCGGCCGCCGCCCACAACGGAAGCCCCGCCCACAACAGAAGCCCCGCCCACGCCGCCAUUGGUGGCAGCAGCAGCCAGGAGAACAUGCGGGAGGACGGCAACACCAUCACGCUCGACCUCCCGCCGGCCUACAGCUGCCACCCGCCCCCGGGCGCCGACAGAGACUCGCCCACCAGGGGGCGCCACCUCCUCCCGCAGAGCCUGUCCAUGCCCAGCAGCAUGGCGGCCGCCGCCCACAACGGAAGCCCCGCCCACAACAGAAGCCCCGCCCACGCCGCCAUUGGUGGCAGCAGCAGCCAGGAGAACAUGCGGGAGGACGGCAACACCAUCACGCUGUGA